GAAGAGGGCGGGUCUGACGGCGCGAGGAGCUCGCUUCCGGAAUUGACCUCUGCUUCAGCAUGCUUGCGGAGCUGGGUUUAAUCGGGACGAUAGGCGAAGAUGACGAGGUGCCGGUGGAGCCCGAGUCUGACUCCGGGGACGAGGAGGAAGAGGGGCCCAUUGUGCUGGGCCGAAAGCAGAAAGCCUUGCAGAAGACCCGCAGUGUUGAUUUCAAUCCUGACUUCGUUUUUACGGAGAAGGAAUCUAUGUACGAUGACAGCUGGGCCCUGGCUGAUGUCAUGAGCCAGCUCAAGAAGAAGAGGGCAGCCACUACGUUAGAUGAGAAGAUUGAGAAAGUGCGAAAGAAAAGGAAAACAGAGGAUAAAGAAGCCAAAUCAGGGAAGUUGGAGGAUAAAGCAGCCCAGGCGGGCUCUGACCUAGAGGAGCAGGAGGCUCUUGAAGGGAAAGAGGAGGUAGCAGCUUCUGCAGAUGAAGAGUCAGAGACCGACUACUCAUCUGCUGAGGAGAACAUCCUCACCAAAGCAGAUACGCUCAAAGUAAAGGAGCGGAAGAAGAAGAAGAAGAAAGGACAGGAGACGGGAGGAUUCUUUGAAGAUGCAUCUCAGUAUGAUGAGAGUCUCUCCUUCCAGGACAUGAACCUCUCCCGGCCUCUUCUGAAGGCCAUUUCAGCCAUGGGCUUCAAGCAGCCCACGCCAAUCCAGAAGGCAUGCAUCCCUGUGGGUCUGCUAGGGAAGGACAUCUGCGCCUGUGCAGCCACUGGGACAGGUAAAACUGCAGCUUUUGCUCUGCCAGUCCUGGAGCGUCUGAUCUACAAGCCCCGCCAGGCCCCAGUCACCCGUGUGCUGGUGCUGGUUCCCACUCGAGAGCUGGGGAUCCAGGUGCAUUCCGUCACCAAGCAGCUAGCGCAGUUCUGUAGCAUCACCACCUGCCUGGCUGUCGGUGGCCUAGAUGUGAAGUCUCAGGAAGCAGCGCUUCGGGCAGCACCUGACAUCCUCAUCGCCACCCCGGGACGGCUCAUUGAUCACCUUCACAACUGUCCUUCCUUCCACCUGAGCAGCAUUGAGGUGCUUAUCCUGGAUGAGGCUGACAGGAUGCUGGACGAGUACUUCGAGGAGCAGAUGAAAGAGAUCAUCCGAUUGUGCUCCCACCACCGCCAGACCAUGCUGUUCUCGGCCACCAUGACGGAUGAGGUGAAAGAUCUGGCCUCAGUCUCUCUGAAAAACCCUGUCCGGAUAUUUGUGAACAGCAACACAGACGUGGCUCCCUUCCUGCGGCAGGAGUUCAUCCGGAUCCGGCCGAAUCGGGAAGGGGACCGGGAAGCUAUUGUUGCAGCUCUGCUGACAAGAACCUUUACUGACCACGUGAUGCUGUUCACUCAGACCAAGAAGCAGGCCCACCGCAUGCACAUCCUCCUGGGGCUCCUGGGGCUGCAGGUGGGUGAGCUCCAUGGCAACUUGUCACAGACCCAGCGGCUGGAGGCCCUCCGGCGCUUUAAGGAUGAACAGAUUGAUGUCCUUGUUGCCACAGAUGUGGCGGCCCGUGGACUUGACAUUGAAGGGGUCAAAACGGUAAUCAACUUCACCAUGCCCAACACCGUCAAGCACUACGUGCAUCGGGUGGGGCGAACUGCGCGAGCUGGCAGGGCUGGGCGCUCUGUGUCUCUGGUCGGGGAAGAGGAAAGGAAGAUGCUGAAGGAGAUUGUGAAGGCUGCCAAGGCCCCUGUGAAGGCCCGGAUCCUUCCGCAAGAUGUUAUCCUCAGGUUCCGGGACAAGAUUGAGAAGAUGGAGAAAGAUGUGUAUGCAGUGCUGCAGCUGGAGGCGGAGGAAAGAGAGAUGCAGCAUUCGGAAGCCCAGAUCAACACAGCCCAGCGGCUCUUGGAGAAGGGGAAGGAGGCAGCAGACCAAGAACCUGAGAGGAGCUGGUUCCAGACCAAAGAGGAGAGGAAGAAGGAAAAAAUUGCUAAGGCUCUGCAGGAGUUUGACUUGGCCUUACGAGGAAAAAAGAAAAGGAAGAAGUUCAUGAAGGACGCCAAGAAAAAGGGAGAGAUGACAGCAGAGGAAAGGUCCCAGUUUGAAAUCCUCAAGGCACAGAUGUUUGCUGAGCGGCUGGCCAAGAGGAAUCGCAGAGCGAAGCGGGCCAGGGCAAUGCCUGAGGAGGAACCGGCGAAAGGCCCUGCCAAGAAGCAAAGUCAGAGGAAGAAAUCUGUAUUUGAUGAAGAACUCACCAACACGAGCAAGAAGGCCCUGAAACAGUAUCGAGCUGGCCCUUCCUUUGAAGAAAGGAAACAGUUGGGUCUGCCCCACCAGAGAAGAGGAGGAAACUUCAAAUCCAAGUCCAGAUACAAGAGGAGGAAGUAGCUGUGAUGGCCUGAAGACAUUUGUGAUACAAUCCCUUCCCUGUGGGAAGUCAUCCUGGUUUGGUUUAUAUUGUCUUCAUUUAAAAAAAAAAAAAGUUUAAAAAGCGUCGUUUGCGCAUUAAAAAAAUAAAAAGUUGGGGCAGUG